AUGUUUCUCGGCAAGCAGCCCGUUUCGCUACCGGAACUUGCGCAACUGUACAUCGGUCUUUCCGAACGAUUGACCGUAACAUCCUCCGCAAGAGAAAAGGCUCUUUCCCGUCUUUCAUCGCGAGUCGCGCGUGUUUCUCGCGAAUGGCACGAGACUAUCGAACACGGAGUUGUUGCCUGGAAAUACGGGGGCUGGUUCUUGGUCGGAAUUGGACGGUCCAAAGACGUUGAACACGGAGACGCGUCGUACAACGGCGGCGGCGGACAGGCCGCUGGACACGGCGGUGAUUUACACGGGGACGGUUUACAUGAGGGUGGUUUACACGCCGGCGGAUUACACGGCGGCAGAUUGCACGGAGCACGGAGGUGGGUCAGACCCGAGGUGGAUGCCAUGGCCACGGGUUGCGAGCUGGCGGGACAUGGUACACAGGCACAACAGUAA